AUGUGGCAGUUGAGGGGCUGCUGGAAAGGAAGGACAGCCGUGACAUUGCUGACGUUACAUCACUUUGGCAAGCUCCUUUGUAUCACCCUAGCUGAUGAUGUCCUCACCAGAUAUGUCAUUGAGAAUACACCCACAAGUGUGGACACUAGUACGUUCGUGACGUCGUUAAUGUGCUCCACUAGGAAUUUGCUGCUCGAGGGCCGUGUCCAGCUUAAGAGAGGUCUCCAACAUCAGGAUCGCCAUAUUUUCUUAUUCAACGACAUUCUAGUUGUGGCCAAAGUCAAGAAUACCCAUCUUAAGACGAAAAACAACGUCAAAUUAAGUUACCUGUGGACAUCCAGCUGCGUGGAGGAAGUGGGUGAGGGCAAUACCAACACCCUGACGUCCUUUGUCCUGGGAUGGCCCACCAUCAACUACGUGGCCACAUUCAGCACCCACGAACAGAAGGAGAAGUGGCUGUGUCUUCUUCAAAGAAACAUCAACCUGGAGAAGCAGAAGGAUCUCCCUAAGACGAUUCCGCUCCGGAUCGUGGUCAAAGAUAUGGGGAACUGUGCUUAUUCCAAGACAAUAACCAUAACUAACACAGACACAGCAAAUGAGGUUAUUGCAAUGGCCUUGCAGCUGCUGGGGAUCAAUGGCUCUGAGAGAGACUACCAACUGUGGGUCAGUUCUGCAAAAGAAGAAGCUCCCUAUCCCCUCAUCGGGCACGAAUCUCCCUACGGGAUCAAAAUGAGCCACGUUCGAGAUGCCGUGCUCCUGAUCCAGGGAUCGAAGGGCUCCGCCUCGUCCUUGGACUUCCAGGAGGAGUCUCUCCUCGCGGAGCAGCUGUCCCGGGAUCUGCGGUGCCAGUUUACCCUGAAGCCCAGCCGCCCGGCUCUGAGCCAACCCUUGACCGGCCAGAAGCCGUCAUUUCGAAGGCGAAGGUCAGUCCUAAACUGGGCCUUUUGGCGGGACCCCCAGAUGGACAACCCGCCGGGGUCGCCAACGGACCCCGGACCCGGGAAGCUUUUUGGAGUCUCUCUGGAGGAUGUCUGUGAGGACGACAACCUGCCCAAACCAGUCUUGGAAAUGCUUUCCUUUCUUCACGAGAAAGGGCCCCUCACCAAGGGCAUUUUCCGGCAAUCGGCUAACGCCAAAUCCUGCAGAGAGCUGAAGGAGAAGCUGAAUUCAGGAGCUGAGGUGCAGUUAGACUGUGAAUCCGUUUUCGUAACCGCGUCGGUCUUAAAGGAUUUUCUUCGAAACAUUCCCGGAAGCAUCUUUUCGUCUGAUCUCUUUGACAAGUGGAUCUGUGUGAUGGACCGAGGGAACGACGAAGAGAAGAUCAUCGGGGUUCAGAGGCUAAUCGACCACCUCCCCCGGGCAAACAUCGUGCUGCUGCGGUACCUGUUUGGGCUGCUGCACAGCAUCAAGCUGCAGUCGGCCUCUAACCAGAUGACGGCAUUCAAUCUAGCGGUGUGCAUCGCUCCCAGCGUCCUCUGGCCUCCCGCCUCCUCCGGCCCUGAGCUAGAGAGUGAAUGUACUAAAAAGGUCUCUCUUCUUGUACAGUUUUUGAUUGAAAAUUGCUGCAGGAUAUUUGGAGACGAAAUCACUUCCCUCUUUGAAGACAUCUCCAUCAAGUGUGACAGCAGAGAGGAUGUCCCAGGUAUCACCUGCUUUCAGCUGAACGACUCCUCGUACGACAGCUUGGAAAACGAACUGAACGACGAUCUAGACUCCCCAUUUAGCAUCCAGGGGAAGAAGCUGGGCCAGAACAGGAGCGUCGACUCCGUCCUGACGCUGAGCGACUGUGACUUGGAGCAGGCUAAAGAUGAAGAGGUUCCCAGGAGGUGCCCCCCGCCCUCGAAGCCGGUGUCCAUUUCCGUCUGGUUCCACAGAAACCCCGCUUCCCGGGACCCUUCGAAGCACGAACUUCUCCACUCCGGCCCGUGCGGACUCUCGCCGGCCGCCGCAGCGGAUGCCGUGACGAGCCUGAGGAGUCACCGGCGCUGCUCGGAGCCCACCAUAGACUUCGUGGACCCCAAGCUCACUUUUCUCCGGGAGGGGUGUCGGAAGAAGUCUCGCAAGGCCAGCUGCGACGCCGUCCUCUCCCCAAGCGGCGAGGGUUACCUCGGGCAGCUCCGUUCUCUGCAAGAGGAGGGCCAGAGACUCAUCAGCCAGAGUCCGGGGAUGGGGUUCGACGUGAAGAAGAACAAAACAGCCCACCGCAACACCGAGAAGAGAGACCCGCGCCUCCUCGGAGACCUUCAGGCGCGACAGGCCCCCAAGUCGAAGCCGAUGGCCAUUUCGGUUUCGUUCCACCGGCAGCCUACGUCGCCGGAUCGGUCCUCGCGGGCCGAGGGACGGAAACUGAUCGGUCCGAGUUCGGUUCCGGGAACGGAGGCGGGGAAGAGAGACCCGGCCCCGCGGGGCGUUGAGAAGGAGUUUCUCCCCUCUUCCCCGAGGUUCGGCGUUUGCCCGAGAACUAGCUGUUCCAGCUUCUCCUCCCCCGGCACCUCUCCGUCCGGUUCGUCGGUCAGCUCUCAGGACAGCGCUUUUUCCCAGAUUUCUGAGCACUCGGCCUUCACUCCCACCGACGCCUCCUCGCCCGUGGAUUGCACUUUUCAGGCCCAAAGGAAACAGGGAGGGCUCCCGCCUGACUUCAGCGGCCUGCACCCCUUCCCCGGACUCGUCGCCUCCUCCCCUCCCCGGGCUGGCGGCCACCCGGUCCGUGGGCCGGCGGAGGCCGCGGAAUGGCCGGCACCCACUCAGACCGUGACGCUUCACCCCAGCACGUGGUUGAGAAGCGGGGUGGCUACGCUGAAAAGCUGGUCCUUCAAAAAGAAGGAGAGGGUCUCUCGGCAGAAGAGCGGAAGCUCCGUGAGAAGGACUCUCGGGCCCCCGCUGGGGUCGGCCGCCGAGGACCCACCGGGGUCGGUCACCCCGAAGACGGCCGGAGGGACCGGGCCCAAGGAAAAGGCCCGGGAACGGACCCUGGCUUCCAGCCGGGACGCGGGGAGGGGCCGGACCUCCCCGUUCGGCCCCAGGGAGGCCGGGCUAAAAUCCCCGGAACUUUCUACCGAGGCGGGUCAAGAAGCCGAGGGUUUUGACCCGACCCCCGCGUCGGGUCAGCCCCCCGAGAGACCCCAGCCCAGCUCGGUCGGAACGGAUCAGGCGCCUUGCCCAGAUCCGAGCGCCGAACGUUUGGGGCCGGGAAUCAUUUUGUAGUGACGGGCACGGACGUUCAGCCAAAAGCGGGUCGGGGCGAUACCGCCACGGUCACAGGAAUCUAAGCGGGUUCGCUAACUUCAAGACAGUGGCUGCCUGCGUUAGUAGGCCCUGAGGUGGGUUGCUAGGUGUAGACCGGCCGAUUCGUGUAGGAUUUUCUUUACGACGGAGUGUUUAAUACUCCCAGUGAGCCAGUGGGGCCGGAGCUGCGGAAAGGGGAAAGCCGCCUGCGGUAGUUCUCCUGAGACGUUUCUCUGAGGGAUUUCGCUUUUCCCAACUCCGGGGAAACCGGCUUUCUCCUCGAUAAAGAAAGCCAUCUUUCACCUCGGUAAAGAAAGUCACCUCUCCGCCUUGGUCGCUAAUGAAACGUUUGCUCUUCGGAAUUCGGAAAGUUCGGCCAAGAGCCGAAAAGCCCGGUUCUUCAGCACGGGCGGUUCCGUCUGCGUGUUUGAUGUCGCUUUCGCCCUCCUUAAGCAUUCCCGCAUUAAAGCCUGGUAAGAACCGUGUGUCUUUUGCGGUUGAGACAGUCGGCCGAUUCCCAGGAAACCCCCUUGCCGCUUUGGAGCUACGGGAUGCACUAUCGCUAUUGCGGUUUCUCGUGCCCCUGGUAGUAGGAAUUGUUUUUCUUGGCCGACAGAAUCCCCGGUUCCACCCUUAGAGCGGUUGUUUUCCCCCCUCCCCACGCUUUGGGGGCAGGACAAAGGGUGACAAAAAGCAUAAAGGAAAACCAGGCCGUCACUGACUGGCCUCGCUGCUUGUGCCCCCGUUCGACGUCCGGCCGCCGGUGUUUAAAUGCGAACCGUUUGUUUAACGCGCUGCCAUGAAACGCCACACACAAGAACGUAUGAAAGCAGGACGCGGCAUUUGGCUAUACUCCACCCAAGUCAACCCAUAAUAUAUUAAACCGUUGCUUUAUCGAAAGGCUUUGAGUUUGUAUAAUAUAUCUUGUUCAAUUUUGCUAUUACGUUACGAAAUAAAUGUGUAUUUUUGUA